GCAAAACACGGCCGAUCGGGAAUAAUCACACAUGCCAAAUCCGAGAUCAGCCCGAAGCAGUCAGCGGUCUGUUCUCGCCUGCACUAAUUGCUCUCGCCGCAAGAUCAAAUGCUCCAAGACGAUUCCCUGCACUGCAUGCGUGCGCCAGCACAAAGCUGCGCAAUGUCAGCGAGAGCCUGUCACCGUGGUUUCGAGGCGCUUGGUAGGGCGUUCUAGGGCCUCGACAGCACUGAACGACCUGCCUGUACCUGUCCCUGAAGCGGCCAGCCUCGCGACAGUGUCGCCAACUCCAAUCGACGAAGUACCCGUCAGUACUACUGUUGACCCUGCAGCUGGUAGCACUGCUAUAAUUAGCAAUGAUCCUCUAUGGCAAAUUGAUGAGCGAAUGAUUGAACAGCUUUUGGCUUCGCUAUCCACGCCCGAUACAAGGCUAACCAACGAAGAUGCUGCCACGCUGGAGUUUCUUACCCACGGUCGGCGCAAUAUCCUCAACCAAUUUAUUGGAAGAGAGUCCAUGUCCACCUCAAUGACGCAGCCUGUGCAAAAAUGGGAUACGUUCCUACCUAUCGAGGAUGCUCGCUCGUUGCUAGUACUUCAUGAGAAGCAUCUGACUUGGAUGCAUAACACAGUUCAUAUGCCAACUUUUCUGCGCGAGUUUGAUGAGAAUGUUCGCAUGAUUGAAUGUGAUAGAAAUUGGAUAGCCCUUUAUUAUGCUCUUCUCUCCCAAACGCUCUACCAUCUCGACAACGCCUACCUAGCAUCACUGUCCCAUCCAAUAAAAGUUGACAGCAAAGCGUCCGGUAUAUUGUUCGACAAGAGCAGAGAGAUGCUCGAUGAGGCCGAGUUCAUGGACAAGCAUAAGCUGACCUCGGUUCAAACUAUCUGCUUGCUGGUUCAAGUUGCUCACAAUUUUGACAAGUCUGACCUCAUAUGUGUUCUCGUAUCUGCUGCUAUUCGCAUCGCUCAAUGCCUGAACCUGCACCGGCUGGGUCUUCAUGACCCUGUUGCCGGUGCCAAUGAGGCCAUCGACCGCGAAGUGCGAAAGCGAGUGUGGUGGUUUCUCGUGCGGUACGACUGGCUACAGAUCCCGUUCCAAAACACCUGCCAGGUUCACUAUUCACAGUUCAACACCCCGAUGCCAGCUAAUUGUCAUGAUGAUGAACAGCGCAUGAUAAAAGAUGGCAGAAUUGACGCGCAGCCGGCUGAGAUCAGUACCAUUACUACCUGGACCAAUUGCCUUGCCCAGAUGUCUGUUGUUAUGUGGAGACAUCACGAUAACAUGUCAAGGCAGGGAAGCACUGAGACUGAUGAUAUUGAUGCAAGAUACAAUGAAGUCAUACGAGCCGAUGAGGAAAUCAAGAGCCUAUAUCUAUCAUGGCCUGAUACAUUACGAGCCGUCAAUAACACGCCAAGUGAUAAUCCAUCAACCGAUGGCCUGCCCACGGGCCUAAUGCCAGCAAUGCUUCUCAUGAGUAUUGCCCAAAAAAUCUUUACCGUUCAUCGCCAAUUCCAACUGUCGUGUUUUCGCGACAGGCGAUAUGCAUUCUCUCAACUAUCAUGCGUAACGAUCGCGGAGCGAAGCAUCGAAGCUUUCCAGAGAUGGCCCAAUUGUUUGGAGGCACGCAUCUGCCGCCGAAUGUGGACUACACUGUCCUACAUGAUCAGCUGCUCAAUCACUCUCCUUUUUGCUUUGCUCUUCAAGGCACAAAAUGCCCUCACGCAUGAUUGGGAGAGGCUACGCGCUUAUGUCGAGUUUGGGAAGAAAUUCCUUGGUAAGGAAGCAGAGACGAGCUCGAUCGCCAGGAGAGGAGCCCGAUUACUCAGCGCGUUGAUGGAGCUUGAGCGCACCUCGGGUUUCUCAUCGGAUAUCGAAGCAGAUAUUGGAGAUACUAUAAGACGCGUUGCGUUGGCUGACGACGACGGUGUUGAAGCGAGUACUGGUGAAGGUUACCAGAUGGUCUUCCCGUACGGGCAAGAUCUUUGGGAAAGCCUGAUGAGGGAUCCUACCGAGGUUGAACUGAUGUGA